CCAGCAGCGCGCGCCAUGGAGCCGCCGUGCGGCUGCUGCGAGCGGCUGGUGCUCAACGUGGCCGGGCUGCGCUUCGAGACGCGGGCGCGCACGCUGGGCCGCUUCCCGGACACGCUGCUCGGGGACCCGGCGCGCCGCGGCCGCUUCUACGACGGCGCGCGGCGCGAGUACUUCUUCGACCGGCACCGGCCCAGCUUCGACGCCGUGCUCUACUACUACCAGUCGGGCGGGCGGCUGCGGCGGCCGGCGCACGUGCCGCUCGACGUCUUCCUGGAGGAGGUGGCCUUCUACGGGCUGGGCGCCGCGGCCAUGGCGCGCCUGCGCGAGGACGAGGGCUGCCCGGUGCCGGCCGAACGCCCGCUGCCCCGCCGCGCCUUCGCGCGCCAGCUCUGGCUGCUCUUCGAGUUCCCCGAGAGCUCGCAGGCCGCGCGCGUGCUCGCCGUUGUCUCCGUGCUAGUCAUCCUCGUCUCCAUUGUCGUCUUCUGCCUCGAGACGCUGCCGGACUUCCGCGACGACCGAGACGACCCAGGGCUUGCUGCAGUGGCCGCCGCGGGCUCGUUCCCUGCCCGGCUGAAUGGCUCCAGCCCUGUGCCUGGACCACCACCCCGCCAGCCCUUCAACGACCCGUUCUUUGUGGUGGAGACGUUGUGCAUCUGCUGGUUCUCCUUCGAACUGCUGGUGCGCCUGCUGGCCUGCCCAAGCAAGGCCAUCUUCUUCAAGAACGUGAUGAACCUCAUCGAUUUCGUGGCCAUCCUGCCCUACUUUGUGGCCCUGGGCACUGAGCUGGCCCGGCAGCGAGGUGUGGGUCAGCCAGCCAUGUCCCUGGCUAUCCUGCGGGUCAUCCGGUUGGUGCGUGUCUUCCGCAUCUUCAAGCUCUCCCGGCACUCAAAAGGCCUGCAGAUUCUGGGCCAGACGCUUCGGGCCUCCAUGCGUGAGCUGGGCCUCCUCAUCUUCUUCCUCUUCAUCGGGGUAGUCCUCUUUUCCAGUGCAGUCUACUUUGCUGAAGUUGACUCUGUGGAGUCUCAUUUCACCAGCAUCCCUGAAUCCUUCUGGUGGGCUGUAGUCACCAUGACCACAGUUGGCUAUGGAGACAUGGCACCCGUCACUGUGGGUGGCAAGAUAGUGGGCUCUCUGUGUGCCAUUGCUGGCGUGCUGACCAUUUCCCUGCCUGUGCCAGUCAUUGUCUCCAACUUCAGCUACUUUUACCACCGGGAGACAGAGGGCGAGGAGGCCGGGAUGUAUAGCCACGUGGACACACAGCCCUGCAUCAACCAAGAGGGCAAAGCCAAUGGGGGGCUGAUGGAUGGAGAGGUGCCUGAGCUGCCACCUCCACUCUGGGUGCCCCCUGGGAAACACUUGGUCACCGAGGUGUGAGAGGCAGUUGAGGUCUGCUGGACCUCAUACCUCCCUGGAGGGGGGUGCGGGGGGAGGGGAAGCAGAGGAUGGGAUGGGGUUAGGGAGAACUAGGCUAAGUGGUAACCAGUGCUGAGUUUUGUUGGGUUUGUAGCUGCUAUGGGUACCUCCUGAAGGAGCAAUGAGUGCCAGUGGUUUGUGUUGAGUUGAGGGGUGGCCCUGUUGAUUUGUAUUGCAUUGCAUUGUACCGAGCUUCUGGGCUUUUUGGGGUGGUGUUGAGCUAGGUUUGGGUCACAUCCAGUUGGGAGUUUCCUAGGUCAUGUUGGGGUGAUGAAUCUGGGUGAGUCUUGUCCAACUGCAUUAUGCAAAGUCUGUGCCUUUGACUCUCCUAGGGCCAUAUUGGGUCAAGUACAGUGGUCACUUAAGGGCAUUAUUGAGACUGUGUGGCCACCCAUGGUGUCACUGAGAUGUGUGGACAAUUGUGUGGCUUUGUGUUUUUUCUAGGGUUAUGUUAUUUUAGGUUCUGUGAACUUGUGAGUCAUGUAGGAAUACAGAGUCAAGUAACAGAAUUGGAGCUUUCUGGGUCAAGAUAGGUGAAGUUGGGUUGAAAUGUAUGACUGGGUUCAUCUUUUAGGAGCUAUUAGGUUGUGUCGUGUAGGCUUCUGUAACUGGUAAUUUUUCAGGGCCACGGGGAGUUGAGUUGAGUUGUGCUGAGAUCUAGAAGCAUGUGAAUCUUUUAAAGUCAGUUCAGUCAGGUCUUAGGACUGUUGGGUUAUAGGGCUAUGCUGAUCACCAUUGCUGAUCACAUAGGCAUGUUGGGUUGAGGUCUAUACAGUUGGGAGAAGCACCAGGACCCAAGAUCACAGCUCUGGACAAGAGUCACAAGUGGUGUGGAUGUGGGUGCUGCUACUGCAAAGGUGGGCUGGAUUCACCCAGGGGCUCUGAGGGACUAGGAGGAGGGUGCUCCUUCCUGUUGCCCUACAUGUGCUUUGUUCUGCCACUCAGAGCCCCCUCACUCACCUGGCCUCCCCAGGGAUUUAGCAAGGACAUAGACACAUGGAGGCCAGAAAAGUGAGAGGAGAAAAGUGUUUGUCUCACCUCCAGACAUGAUGGAAGACAGAAGCACAAGGAGGAGGAGAGACACAGACUCAGAAAAAAAGAGGGACAGAGAUCUAGAUAAAAACCAGAAGAGAUCCUGAGAAAGGGACAGGGACCUGGAAGGAGGGAGGAAGAGAACCAGGGAGAGGAGUCAGAGACUCCGAAUGGGAUGCUGAGAUUCAGAGAGAGGGAGAUAGAGAUCAAGGGCUGGAGAUGGAGGCCCAGGGGGAUGGCGGGCACCCAGAGAGACUAGAGAGUUGGAGCCAGAGAAGCCACAGAGCUCCAGAGAAAAGAGAACUAAAAAGGAAAAUGGCAGAAAGAAUGUGUCCCCAGCCUAUCCUCAGAAUCACAAAAGGAUACUAAACCAGCACAGCUGAUCACCUUGGGCCUUGGGUUCUCAGUGUCUUCGGGAAAGAAACCAGAGUCUCAGCAGGGCCUUGGCUUGCCAAAGUCACACAGCAGUCACGGGCCAGACUUGUGGCAGGCUGCCUGACCCCAGUCCCCACAGACUAGGGGUGCACAUAGCCUAGGCCCGCAGCCUCCUGCGUUACAGACAGGAAACCAACCGACACUGGGAGGGGACGGAACAGUGUCACCCAAGGUCACAAAGCCAAACAUUUCAAAGUCUUUCAGAUGUAAAAAGCAUUUAGAAGAGGAGGAGGUUAUAAUCACUAACACAUACAGGGCUUCCUAUGUGCCAGACGUCAUUCAAGGCACUUGUAUUAACUUAUUAAAACCUGUCCAGUGGUUUACA